AUGUCUUCAACAAAAGUAUCUUACUUCAACGGAAAAGGACUCGCCGAAACUAUUCGCAUCCUCUUAAAAUAUGGAAAAGUUGAUUUCGAAGAUAUUCGUUUUGAAAAAGAAAAUUGGCCCGAAAUAAAACCAACGGUACCUUUUGGACAAGUUCCAAUUUACGAGGAAGAUGGUAAAAAAAUUAAUCAGAGUGUCGCAAUUUCUCGUUAUCUUGCCAAAAAGUUUGGAUUAACCGGAUCUAAUGAAUGGGAAGAUUUGGAACUCGAUGCCAUUGUUGAUACUAUCACCGAUUUUAGAAUGAAAGCGGUCCCAAUUUACAUGGAAAGUGAUCCCGAUAAAAAAGAAGUUAUUAAACAAGAUUUUUUGGUUGAAACUGUUCCGUAUUAUUUGGAGAAAUUUGAUAAAAUUGCUGGAGAGAAUGGUGGAUUUAUGGCUAUUAAAAAGUUUACAUGGGCUGAUAUCGUCAUGUUAACCGUAACUGAUUUAGUGAGUGUUUUAGUCGGACAAGAUAUAACUGAGAAAUAUCAAAACAUCCAAAAUGUUAAGAAGUAUGUUAAAGAAAUUCCUGCCAUAAAAGAAUGGAUCGAAACCAGGCCAGAAACGGACUUUUAA